AUGGAAGAACUUACCGCUUUUGUCUCCAAGUCGUUUGAUCAGAAAGUGAAAGAGAAAAAGGAGCUCAUCACCUACCGGGAGGUUCUGGAGAGCGGCCCCGUCCGGGGAGCCAAGGAGGCGGCGGGCUCUAGCGAGGCCAGCCGGGAGGACGGACAUAGCCCGGCGGCUCGGGCGGCGGCGGCGGGAGGCGGCGGCGGAGGAGGAGGAGGGCGAUCGCCGGUCCGAGAGCUGGACAUGGGCGCCGUCGACAGGAGCAGGGACGCCGGCACCCCCAAGCUCAGCGAAGUUUCCCCAGAGCUGAAGGAUCGCAAAGACGACGCCAAAGGGAUGGAAGACGAAGGGCAAACCAAGAUCAAGCAGCGCCGGAGCCGGACCAACUUCACCCUGGAGCAGCUGAACGAGCUGGAGCGCCUCUUCGACGAGACCCACUACCCGGACGCCUUCAUGAGGGAGGAGCUCAGCCAGAGGCUGGGGCUGUCCGAAGCCAGAGUGCAGGUGUGGUUUCAGAACAGAAGAGCUAAAUGUAGGAAGCAGGAGAAUCAGCUACACAAAGGGGUCCUCAUAGGAGCCGCCAGUCAAUUCGAAGCUUGCCGAGUCGCCCCCUAUGUGAACGUGGGCGCUUUGCGGAUGCCCUUUCAACAGGAUAGUCAUUGCAACGUGCCGCCCUUGUCCUUUCAGGUGCAGGCGCAGCUGCAGCUGGACAGCGCCGUGGCGCACGCGCACCACCACCUCCACCCGCACCUGGCCGCGCACGCGCCCUACAUGAUGUUCCCGGCGCCGCCCUUCGGCCUGCCGCUGGCCACGCUGGCCGCCGAGUCCGCCUCGGCCGCCUCGGUGGUGGCGGCGGCCGCGGCAGCCAAGACCACCAGCAAGAACUCCAGCAUCGCCGACCUCAGACUGAAAGCCAAAAAGCACGCGGCCGCCCUGGGCCUGUGA